AUGUCAGCGACAGUUAAGGAAAAAGUGAUGUUCGCAGCGACGGUGUCGCUAAAGCCAUCGUCAUACACGGCAGCAAACGGCACCAUAGUACACUACUUACAGAGGCCGUAUUAUACGUACACACCGACUGUGGGGGGUGCAGCCGUAUUCGCAGUGCUGUUCGGCAUUUCACUGGUUGUUUUGAGCGUGCAGUUGUGGCAGUACUCCAAGCAGCGCACGUCUAUGGAGCGGCAGAUUAUGGCGGACGGAUCCGUAUCGCGCGACCAGACGGAGGAUGUUGAGUCACAUGAUGAUGGCGGUCUCGGGCUCGCCGCACCAGCAGCGGUGCAGCCCUGCUCGAACGCGCGACUCAUCGGAAAGUUCGUGCCACUGAUGGUUGGGAUCGCCGUGGAAAUUGGGGGAUACGCCGCACGCAUUGCGUCACGAAAUGACUUGUACUCAAUUGGCCCCUAUGUGGCGCAAGCAGUCAUGCUGCUGGUCGCGCCCGCACUCAUGGCCGCAACCAUAUACAUGAACUUUGGCCGACUGCUAACAUUGUUGCGUGCGACGCAACUGUCAAUAGUGCCCGCGCGCUUCAACACUACUAUUUUCGUAAUGGGUGAUAUACUCAGUUUCGUGCUUCAGGGCGCCGGCGGAGGCAUUCUGGGCGCCUCUGACAACCACCAGCUUGGAUCCAACAUCGUCAUUGGUGGACUGGCUAUUCAGGUCUUUGUGUUCGGGUUUUUCGUGGCCACAGAAGUGCGUUUUCUCAUGUGCGCAAGGCGUAUGUCACCCGUGGCUUACCGUAUUUCACGCCAUUGGAAGGUGCUAAACAUCAACCUCUUUGUUAGCAGCUUACUGAUUCUCGCGCGUUCUAUUGUGCGGCUUGUCGAGUUCGCCCAGGGGUUCAACGGGUACAUCAUGGAGCACGAAUGGUUCAUCUACGUCUUCGACGCGGUGCCCAUGUUCCUCGUCGUAGUGUCAUUCAUCGUGUUCUUCAACAAUGGAAACCUAUUCAGAGUCGAAUUCGAGUGCACUUCGAUGAUCUCUGACUCGCGCAAGUAUUCAAUGGACACUAUGACUGGGUGUAUAGAUAAAUAG